CAUUACUGUUAGAAUAUGUUGCUCCAAUUUUAUUGGAUGAAAGUGGAAGGCCCAAAUCAACGUUAAUUGAUUCUUCCAUGUACAGUAAUGUUGGAAGUAUUUGUACAGCAAUUGCUGACAUGUCUUCAAAUCAUAAAUGGCCACAUACAGGAACCAAUCUUGAAUUGGAACAAUUGGUUAGAUCACAUAAAGAUCUUUGGAGUCAAAGCAAAAAUGAUGCAGGUUUGCUUAAAGAUUUUGAAGUUGACAUUGAAGGUAGAGACCCUAAGCCCCAACCUCAAUACAAAUUGCCAUUAGAAUCAAUCCAAUUUCUUCCAUUAUACAGGAGUUUUUACAGGAAGAAAUUUUAAAGAAA